UCGUAAUCAUGAGAGAGUUGAAGCUCAAAAACUGCAUAAUAUAGAAGAACUUAUUUGAAUUCCAAUCUUUGUUUAUUUUAAAAACUGGUUUCUAUUUCAAUCGCAAUUUUAAUUAGCGAAGGUCAACUGAACUCUACCUGAAAGGUUUUCAGGUGAGGAAGAAAUCUCUGGUUACUUCUCUAAUUUGAUCCAUGGGCCAUCUGCAUCAUGACAGGGGUUCAGCCAAUGCCCUGUCCGGUGCUCCUCGGCACUGUGAAAGGUGGAGGUUUAUCAGCUCUUCUGCACAGAUACACAAUUGAGAAAAAAGUAUCAAAAGUGGAGAAUGUGCUCAAAAAAGGUGUGGGAGUUGACAGCAUGAACCACCUUGGACAGACACCAUUGUUUUGUGCGUCUCUGCUUGGCUUUGCCAGUGUAGCAGAGAAGCUUCUACAGUAUGGGGCAAACCCAAAUCACCGCUGUAAUGAUGGAAGUACCCCCGUUCAUGCUGCAGUUUUCUCUUGUAAUCCCUGGCUGCUGAGUUCACUGCUGGAUUCUGGCGGGGACCUGCGUCUCCAUGAUGAUCAGGGCCGGAUGCCGAAGGACUGGGCCGAGGCAGGUGCUCAGGAGAACAGUCCGAAGAUUCUUGCUUUUCUGAAGAGAUGUGAGUCUCAAAUGCAGAGGUUGCUGCAAACACAUCCAUCCAGGGAUGCACGUACCACCCCGACCUCCUCAAAGACACUGCUUAGCUCUCCAUCCCUGCUUAAGCUUUUGCGACCUUGGGCAUCUGGGCUCACUCAUGAAAAUAAAAUAAAUUCUAAGAUGUCUGCCUGUGAUAUGAUGAUGCAGUGUUUUGGCUAUGGAAAGUUAUACUCUGAGAGGCCAGAGUUGGGUCUGGGACUGGCUGCUUCUGUGCCCUUGAUAAGUGACAGUGAUUUAGCUCAAGCUAAUGAUGAGCCUCUCAAUUCCUUUAUGUGUGGAUCUUUCAUACGUAUGGCCAAUUACAGUUGGAAAGGAUGUCGUGUCACUGUUAAAGAGCUGCAUGAUCAGAUUUUGCAACAAUAUGAAGAACGUGAUGGUCUCCUGGAUCUGCUCGUUUCUGAGCAGGAGUAUUGCUGUCAGCUGUCUCACCCGCACCUGCUGCUGCUGAUGGCUGUGAGUAUGUCCAUUGACCUGGACAGCACAAAGCUAGUCUAUGAGAGGGUAAAUGUGGGGUCCCUGUACAGUCUGCUGCACCAAAGGCGGGAUGAGUUUCCUCUCCUACAGCUGGUUGACCUGUUAUCAGUGGUGCUACAGGUGUGUGAGGUGUUAAUGUACCUGCAUGGACGAUCUCUGGUGCUCCGGGCCCUUUCCUCACACACUGUACUCAUUGUGCACCCUGGAAUUGCCAAGGUUACAGGCCUUGGGUUCAUUGUGCCCAGUGAGGGAACGACCCGCUACACCCCACCUCCUGUUCCUUUACCUCUCAGCCUUAUCAACUGGGCAGCUCCAGAAGUGAUCAGAUGUAGAGCAUGUACAGGAAAAGCUGAUCUCUAUAGUGUGUGCACCCUUAUACAGGAGAUCUAUACAGAUGCUUUGCCAUGGGGCUCCACAGACCCACGCUGGAUAAAACGGUCGGUAGAAGCCGGUCAGGCUCUGAUAGCAAACCCUGCCGUACCUGAGCCUUAUUACCAGUUCCUGCAGGUGGGCCUCCAGCACAGAGCCCAGCACAGGACCAGCAACCUGCAUGAUUUGUGCUACAAUCUACGCUGUUAUAUAAGGGAGAUAAGCAGCGAGAAUACGAGAAGUGGAGUGAACUCAUGGUCAGCUCUUCAGAGCAUCCCUAGAUGGAACACUGACAUUAAUCAGGCGAGAGAGCAGGACAAGUCUGUAUAUCAGCACUGCAGGACUGCAGUACACAAUGAGAUCCAGGAAAAUCACCUGGAAGGAAUCUAUAAAGAAGAAGAGUCCACCACAGACACUGAUGACCUCCACUGGGAUAUUUCGCAUAGUGGUGUCACUGCUUGGCAUGAAUGGCCAACUACCCACCAUACUCCACUUUCUGAGCCACCUUGUUCUAGCUAUAGUGAUACAGACAAGGAUCUGGCAAUUAGCCGCUGUAUCUCAAAGCAUACUGGCUCCAUUGUUCUCAACCUUAAAGUGUCUCAGGUUCUUCUACAGCAGGCUGAGCAGAGUCUGGAUAAUAUAGAGGCCGCCCAAUUGGACGCCCCAUGCUUUGAUGAGGUGGAUGCUGUGAUGAAGAGGGUGAACAUGGAAAAAGAGUGCAGUGAUGGUGUUGUGAAGGCUGUGGGACCACCGUUUAAAAAUUAUAUUCCCAACUGGACCAUUAAUGCAGAUGAGGAGGUCAGUCAGUACAGCUCAGCUCAAGAUGAGAGCUUCGACAGCACAUCCCUUUCUAGUAGUGUACAGGAGGAGAACAGGGACUUGAAGAGAGUUGAAACAACAAAAAGAGGACAGCAACAGACAGGACGUCAAAGGUCAGAGAGGUUACAUGUGCAACUUGGUUUGUCGGAGACUCAGAAAGAUGACACACUCCAGUCUCGUGAAAAACACAUCCAAACAAAACCCUCAUGGACCAGUGAGGUUAGUGAAAUGGUGGCCCUAAUGACACGUGGGUGGUUGGGGUCACCCUUAAGUGCUUUUGGCAGCAGUGACAGUGAGGAUGUAGCAGAGCAACAGCUCCACCUACAGGACAGACAUAGUGUGAACGGCUACCAGGAAUAUGAGACCCAGGAAAGCACUGAUCUGGAGCAACUAUUCAAGAGUUUUGCUGGUAUUCAGAGUGAUAGUGAGGAGAGCACAAAUUACCACACUAUCAAUCACACUUUUGAUGUGACCAAUGGAGUGCUGGAGGCGACAAGCCAGACUGAGGAUGAGGGAAGUUCAGAUGGUUUGGACUGUACACAGAAACAGCAAUCUAGCAUGUUCUACACACCCAAACAUCACCUGUCCAACCACGCAUCAUCUGGUGAAGAGCGUUCUCAGUCACUGAGCUCAGAGGACGAGUUGGACAUCACAGUGGAGGUGUGUCGACCCAACACAUCUCCAGCAGAGGAAAAACAGGCUGGUGAAAACAGUCUGAGUGAAUACCAGCUUGCUCAAGAGGACUCAAAGGAAUCUGAAUCCAUUACUCCAGUGCACAGUUGUUUGCCAGACCUUGCUGAGAUUGCAGACCUCUCCAGCAUAUCCUGUUCACCAGCCAAUCACCUAGUAUGGGUGGAGUCAGCCGAAGCCCCGCCCAUCCCUCUCAGCAGAGGACAUCCACCCUGUAACAGCACCCCACGCAGCCCAAAAGGUCAUAGGACACACCUUAAAGAUGUGCAGGUUGGCACUGAGCCCCUCCCUCACCUUCAGAGCUUGUUGGACACGUCACCAUGGGGCAGUGCUCCAUCCAAUACUGUCUGCACAGAGAGUUACGCCACAGUCAGCGCAGGAGACAGCAGCACUACAAAUGCCUCUGUGUCCAGCAUCCUGCAGUCUCCAGUAAAAAUCAGCAUCUCUAAGGAUGGAAAGGAGGAAAUAGACUCUUCCUCCAGCGGUAAUGCAGAGUUCACCACUGCCAGCUCUGGAGCCAGACAGACCACUGAGACCAGCCCGGGGCCCAGUGAAGAGACAGAGCAUCCUACUGAGAAUAAUAUUGUGGGUGAGGAGGGAGAGGAGGUAGGUGAUGAUGACCCAUCAGACUCUGAACGUCAAUGUGAGCAAGAGUCCUCUGAUGAAAAGGUGUUUGAUGAUGAAGACAUUGCAGAGAAGAUGGAAGGAUGUGAGGGUGAAAACCCAUGUCAGAAACAUGACCAUCAUCCAGAUCGCAACCCUGCUGAUAAUGCAAACUCUCAGAAAAGAGAUAAGAGUCACAGCCUUGAUGAAACUGAGAGGGCAAGCUCCACCCUUGAUGAGGAUCUACAGAGAAUGUUUUUGGAAAGAGCCACAGAGCAGAGAAACCCUAGAGACCCAGGGUCCCUCGUGUCUGACAUAAAAGGAGAGGGGGAUGUGAGAGAGGACUUGGGUCCUCCAGAAGGGGACUACAUAGAGACAGCAGCAGAAUGUAUAAACAAGCUGGGAGAGAAGAUUGAGGCAGCUGAUCAGGAGAAGCAUCCUAACAGCAGAGUUCUUGAGCAGAUACUUCCAGAGUCAGUCAAACUACACUGUUAAAGAGAAGCUGAUCCCGAUGUUUUGCAUUUGAAUUGUUUCCAUUUUUGAUGCUUGAGGCAUGUGGUUUGUGUUCUUUAUGUUAAAUUUACUGUUUAAUGUAAGAAAACGUUCCAAAUAGUUAGCCUCCAGACUUGUUCUUAUGUACAUCAACAAUUUGAUCUUUGAUGUUACUGUUAUACAUUUUUUUAAUGUUUUAAAUUCUAUUUGAUGUUCUGAUGUUGUUGUUACGGAAAUGUAUUGCCAGUGUCUU